UACGUAAGCGAGUGAGAGCUUUUUGGGUCCUCCUAUUUUGUCUGCCAAAUAAAGAAACGCGACAAAAAUGGACAAGAAAGCGGCGGUGGAUAACGUGGAAAUGCGCCUUCAGGCACUGGAGACUUGCAUAUAUGGAGACAACAGGAAUAAAAGUUAUAAACCGUUAAAGUGUGCAGAGUCUUUAGCCAGAAUCCAGGCUGGCCUGACCAACACGGCCAACAAGAGGGAGCGAGUCAAGAUACUGCACAAGAAGAUUGAGGACCUGAUGAAGUACCUAGACCCCCAAUUUACUGACCACAUCGCUGUACCCGACACCAUGAAGCUGGAGUUCAUCCUCGCCGAGGAGGACUUCUUGCUUUCCCAGGCUGCUUUGCUGGAGCAGGCCAGCAACCUGCAGCCACUGCUGGAGAGCACCUAUAUUCGAGAUGUUCCCGAGCAUGCCACGAAGCUGCAGCGCCUCUCUCAGAUUCACCUCAAACAACAGGACCAGACGGAUGCUCAGUCGCUGGAAGUCAAGAAGCUUUUUGAGGAAUACAACAAAAUGAUGUUCCUGCUGUCCAAGCAGUUCACCCAGUGGGACGAGAGCCUGAGGAAGUUGGAAGAGGCCAAGGGCAUCCGGCCCGUGGAGUAACUCAUAUCCAUGAGGAUGAUGAGGAUGGAGUGUGGACUGAACUUGAGCUUGUGUAGCUUUUGAACAGUCUGGACAACGCAAAAAGUCCAAAGUGAAGUUGGAGUUGUUGUGUUGCUUUGCAGAAAAAAAAUAUGAGAAAAGAAGUGGUGUGACUCUUCAUCAGAUGUCUGGAGGAUUUUACUCAUGUCACGAGACAGCUCGGCGUCACCUCGCUCUUAUUUGUACGCACACAGUACUCUAAUAGUAUAUUUAUAGAUUGCACACAUUCCAGCUUGUCUCCUGCAAGUUGAGUCACAAGACUGAGGGCCUGACCUGAACUAAACGCUCAACUUUUUUUCUUUUCCAUUUGUCUCCUGACAAGAUAUCAAUGUUUCUGUUUCAACAUGUCACAACAUGACUCCGGUUAAUCUAAUAAAAAUGUUUCUAUUGGACUA